AUGGACUUGCUCCCAACUGAGGUCAUGGUGAAGAGAUCGCGACACCAGGUCACGUGUGACACAAGCACGCAUUACUUUACUUUACCCCACUGCUCACUUUACUCCACACCUCACUUCACGGACUCGGACACCGAUUUUCAGCGACACACCGGGACCCAGGUCUUAUCCAUGAGAAGGCAGAGACAUAACAAGCUUCGAACUGUGAAAGAUGAAAACCCACCAGGCUCCAAAAGCCCAAAUUCGGAUGGUGAGAGCAUCAUGAGUGCACAACCUCAGUCGGUGGACAAAGGGGGUGGUGGAGCUGGUCGUGCCCCCCUCGCUUCUUCCAAGGUUUCGGAUCCUCCCUCAGAGCCGAGAAGCAAUGCCUCCAUUUGUGGCCCAAGCCAAGUACGAAGGGUUGUAAGGAAGGUCAAAGAAGAGCCCCCACCUGCCCCUGUACCUGCCCCUGCACAUGCUCCUGCCCCCGCCCCCGCACCAACCAAACUUGCCUCCACUGCUACCUCAGUGCCCAAAACCAGUAAACAAUCUACUUCAACCUUGCAUGAUGACGAUAUCUCCGUGGGUCUUACCAGCCUUAUGGGCCGUGGUAGGACCAAAGAUCACCGUUCCCGCUCUCGAGCUGGCAGGGAGGCCAGAGAGGACAUUGAGGAGCCCUUAAAACCAGUAGAGGAGACAAAACAGGAGACCCAACCACCUGAAACCAAAUCACCUUCUCUUCCUACCCUGGAUGCACCUAAAUCUGAACCCCUUGAUUCUCCUGCACCUAAACCAAACAACCCUACUAUAUCAACAGGCUCUGUUUUAGUCACCAAACCAGACCCUUUAUCCCCACCUCCUGGCUUCAUCCCAGCUCCUAAACCCAUCCCAGUCAGCCCGCCUGCUGUUUCUGUUCCGGCUCCGAAGCCAGAUCCUCUUGCACCACCCGCUGGGUUUGUGCCCACACCAAAGCGAGACCCUUUUGCCCCAGUGACAGGGUUCAUCCCUAGGCCUAAAGCGGAUCCUCUAGCACCCCCGGUAGGAUUUGUUCCUGCUCCACGGUCUACAGCGGUCCGAAAACCUGAGGUAAAGGGAGUGUCUCGGUCAGCUGCUCCUGCUGGGAAGACAAACUCUGGGGGGCCUGCUGUUAUCCAACAGAGAACUCUGCUUGUUCCAACUGAGGAGAAUCACAAGCGUCUACAUGAGAUCCUCACUGUGGAAAAACUUGUGAAGACUGAGGAACAGAUAGCUGCAGAACAAGCUUGGUAUGGUACAGAAAAAGUGUGGCUGGUUCACAAAGACGGCUUUUCUUUAGCAACUCAGCUGAAGACAGAGGAGGGAACAGUUCCAGAGGGAAAAGUGAAGAUCCGUCUGGAGCAUGAUGGGGAGUUACUGGAAGUGGAUGAGGAUGAUGUGGAGAAGGUGAGUUCUAGACUUGGUGAUUUCCAUAACUUGGCCUUGUAA